CUCCCUCCCCGGCCCGGUCCGGCCCAUCCCCCUCCCCGCCGGCUCCCUGAGGCCCUGCCGGGUCGGGCUGCUGGCGGCCGGGCGCCGACGGCCGAAUAGACGGGCGCACGCGAGGACGGACGGACGCACUCACGGAGGGCCGCGGGCACGGACGGCCCGGGCCGGUGCUCCGAGGCCCGCCCGGGAGGGCUGGGGCCGCGCUCAGGUCCUGGAUGGAAUGGAGAGGGGUCAUACUGAACCUUUAACUAUCUUUUCUGAGAGUGGUCAAAGAGUUCUUAAACAGAGUUUUUAUUUGGCUACUACCUUGAAAUACAGGCCCUAAAAAUGCCAACUUGUUUGGACCUGGAAGAUGACUUGGAUAAAUGAUAAAAAUUAAGCAAGACAUUUUGGUUUUCUUAUUGUCCACUUGGCAUAUGCUUCUGGAAUAAUAUUCACCAUGGUUUUGGAUGACCUUCCAAACUUAGAAGACAUCUAUACUUCCUUGUGUUCAUCAACAGUGGAAGACUCAGAGAUGGAUUUUGACUCUGGACUAGAAGAUGAUGACACAAAAAGUGAUAGUAUUUUGGAGGAUUCCACAAUCUUUGUGGCCUUCAAAGGAAAUAUAGAUGAUAAAGACUUCAAAUGGAAAUUGGACACAAUAUUGGAGAAUGUGCCCAAUUUGUUACACAUGGAAUCCAGCAAGCUAAAGGUACAAAAGGUGGAGCCCUGGAACAGCGUGCGUGUGACAUUCAACAUCCCCCGGGAAGCAGCGGAGCGGCUACGGAUCCUGGCUCAGAGCAACAACCAGCAGCUUCGGGAUCUGGGGAUUCUCUCCGUUCAGAUUGAAGGGGAAGGUGCUAUCAACCUGGCUUUGGCUCAGAACCGAAGCCAAGAUGUGAGACUGAAUGGACCCAUGGGAGCUGGAAAUUCAGUUAGGAUGGAGGCGGGAUUUCCCAUGGCAGGUGGUCCAGGAUUAAUAAGAAUGACCAGCCCUGCCACUGUUAUGAUACCCGAGGGUGGAAAUGUGUCAUCUUCCAUGAUGGCACAAGGCCCCAAUUCAGAGCUACAGCCCAGAACUCCUCGUCCUGCUUCUCAGUCAGAUGCAAUGGAUCCACUCCUCUCUGGGCUCCAUAUACAGCAACAAAGUCAUCCCUCAGGAUCUUUAGCUCCCCCACACCACCCAAUGCAGCCUGUCCCUGUGAAUAGACAAAUGAACCCCGCUAAUUUUCCCCAGCUGCAGCAGCAGCAUCAACAGCAGCAGCAGCAGCAGCAACAGUUGCAGGCAAGACCCCCACAGCAACAUCAGCAGCAACAGCCACAGGGAAUUCGACCCCAGUUUACUGCCCCAACUCAGGUGCCUGUUCCUCCAGGCUGGAACCAGCUGCCUUCCGGAGCCCUUCAGCCUCCUCCAGCCCAGGCUUCUCUGGGCACAAUGACUGCAAACCAAGGGUGGAAGAAGGCUCCCUUGCCUGGCCCAAUGCAACAGCAACUCCAGGCAAGACCAUCCUUAGCCACGGUACAGACACCUUCCCACCCUCCCCCUCCAUAUCCCUUUGGCAGCCAGCAAGCCUCACAAGCCCAUACAAACUUUCCUCAGAUGAGCAACCCAGGCCAGUUCACAGCUCCUCAGAUGAAGAGCUUGCAGGGAGGGCCCUCCAGGGUUCCAACCCCCCUGCAGCAGCCCCACCUCACCAACAAGUCUCCUGCCUCCUCACCCUCCUCCUUCCAGCAGGGAUCCCCUGCAUCUUCCCCAACGGUUAACCAAACUCAGCAGCAGAUGGGACCAAGGCCACCUCAAAAUAACCCACUUCCCCAGGGAUUUCAGCAGCCCGUCAGCUCUCCAGGUCGGAAUCCUAUGGUUCAACAGGGAAACGGGCCACCUAACUUCAUGGUGAUGCAGCAGCAACCACCAAACCAGGGGCCACAGAGUUUACAUCCAGGCCUAGGAGGAAUGCCUAAACGCCUCCCACCUGGCUUCUCAGCAGGACAGGCCAAUCCGAACUUUAUGCAAGGUCAGGUGCCUUCGACCACAACCGCCACCCCUGGGAAUUCAGGAGCCCCUCAGCUGCAAGCAAAUCAAAAUGUCCAGCAUGCAGGUGGUCAAGGAGCUGGUCCUCCUCAAAACCAGAUGCAGGUGUCCCACGGGCCACCAAAUAUGAUGCAGACCAGCCUCAUGGGAAUUCAUGGCAACAUGAACAACCAGCAGGCUGGUAGUUCUGGGGUUCCUCAGGUGAACCUGGGCAACAUGCAAGGCCAGCCCCAGCAGGGCCCGCCGUCUCAGCUGAUGAGCAUGCACCAGCAGAUCGUGCCCUCCCAGGGUCAGAUGGUCCAGCAACAAGGAAGCUUGAACCCUCAGAACCCUAUGAUCCUUUCAAGGGCCCCACUUAUGCCACAGGGCCAGAUGAUGGUGAACCCUCAGAGCCAAAAUCUUGGGCCCUCGCCCCAAAGGAUGACCCCACCCAAGCAGAUGCUUCCCCAGCAGGGCCCACAAAUGAUGGCGCCGCAUAACCAGAUGAUCGGGCCUCAGGGGCAAGUUUUGCUCCAGCAGAACCCAAUGAUAGAGCAAAUCAUGACCAAUCAGAUGCAGGGGAAUAAGCAACAGUUUAACACUCAGAACCAAUCCAGUGUCAUGCCGGGACCAGCACAGAUAAUGAGGGGACCAACUCCAAACAUGCAAGGAAACAUGGUGCAGUUUACGGGACAGAUGUCAGGACAGUUGCUGCCCCAGCAAGGGCCUGUGAACAAUAGUCCUUCUCAAGUUAUGGGGAUUCAGGGGCAGGUCUUGCGGACACCAGGGCCCAACCCACACAUGGCCCAGCAGCAUGGUGAUCCUGCUACUACAGCAAAUAACGAUGUCAGCUUGUCUCAAAUGAUGCCUGAUGUUAGCAUGCAACAAACCAACAUGGUCCCCCCCCACGUGCAGGCCAUGCAGGGAAACAGUGCCGCGGGAAACCACUUCUCAGGCCAUGGGAUGCCUUUCAAUGCACCUUUCAGUGGAGCACCCAAUGGAAAUCAGAUGUCCUGUGGUCAGAAUCCAGGCUUUCCGGUCAAUAAGGAUGUCACACUAACAAGCCCGUUGUUGGUCAACUUACUGCAGAGUGACAUCUCUGCAGGCCAUUUUGGGGUAAACAAUAAGCAAAAUAAUACCAACGCAAAUAAACCGAAGAAGAAGAAACCUCCUCGGAAGAAGAAAAAUAGUCAGCAAGAUAUAAACACCCCAGAUACUCGUCCAGCUGGUUUGGAGGAGGCCGAUCAGCAGCCACUGCCUGGAGAUCAAGGAAUUAACUUGGACAACUCAGGCCCUAAACUGCCAGAAUUUUCAAGCCGACCACCAGGUUAUCCUUCUCAACCAGUUGAACAGAGGCCACUUCAGCAGAUGCCUCCUCAGCUCAUGCAGCAUGUGGCACCCCCACCACAGCCAGCACAGCAGCAGCCACAGCCACAAUUGCCACCGCCACAACAGCAGCAGCCGCCGCCACCUCCCACUCAGCCGCAGUCGCAGCAGCAGCAGCAGCAGCAGCAGCAGCAGCAGCAGCAGAUGAUGAUGAUGCUGAUGAUGCAGCAGGACCCCAAAUCAGUUAGGCUGCCAGUCUCCCAAAAUGCCCAUCCCCCGAGAGGCCCCCUGAACCCGGAUUCCCAGAGAAUGCCCAUGCAACAGAGUGGCAGUAUGCCUGUCAUGGUCAGUUUGCAAGGACCUGCCUCUGUGCCACCGUCACCUGAUAAACAGAGGAUGCCAAUGCCUGUGAAUACGCCUUUGGGAAGCAAUUCAAGGAAAAUGGUAUACCAGGAAAACCCGCAAAAUCCUGCCAGCUCACCCCUGGGAGAGAUGUCUUCACUCCCUGAAGCGAGCAGCAGUGAAGUACCAUCUGUCUCAGGAGGCCCAAAUAACAUGCCUUCACAUUUAGUAGUUUCCCAGAAUCAGUUGAUGAUGACAGGGCCCAAACCUGGACCAUCACCCCUUUCGGUAACUCAAGGUGCAGCUCCGCAGCAGCCCCCUAUAAAUUCCCUGCCCAGCUCUCAUGGCCACCAUUUUCCGAAUGUGGCUGCUCCAACCCAAACAUCUAGGCCUAAAACACCAAACAGAGCCAGCCCCAGACCCUAUUAUCCGCAGACACCCAACAACCGCCCUCCCAGCACAGAACCUUCAGAAAUCAGUCUAUCACCAGAAAGACUCAAUGCCUCCAUAGCAGGACUCUUCCCCCCACAGAUUAAUAUUCCUUUACCUCCUAGGCCAAAUUUAAACAGGGGCUUUGAUCAACAGGGCCUAAAUCCAACAACUCUGAAGGCCAUCGGGCAAGCACCUUCAAAUCUGACCAUGAAUAAUCCUUCCAAUUUUGCUGCCCCACAAACUCACAAAUUAGACUCUGUGGUGGUGAAUUCUGGAAAGCAGUCUAAUUCUGGAACAACAAAACGGGCAAGUCCAAGCAACAGUCGCAGGUCUAGUCCUGGGUCCAGUAGGAAAACCACCCCAAGUCCUGGGAGGCAAAAUGCAAAAGCCCCUAAACUUACUCUGGCCUCUCAACCAAAUGCAACCCUGUUGCAGAACGUGGAGUUGCCAAGAAAUGUAUUGGUUAGUCCCACUCCUUUGGCCAAUCCCCCCGUACCCGGGAGCUUUCCUAACAACAGCGGGCUGAAUCCUCAGACUCCUGCCAUGCCUGUUGCUGCUGUGGGGGGCGUUCUUGAGGAUAACAAGGAGAGCGUGAAUGUGCCUCAAGACAGCGACUGCCAGAACUCCCAGGGUAGGAAGGAGCAGGCUAAUGUUGAGUUAAAAGCAGGACCUGCCCAAGAAGUUAAAACGGUUGUCUCUGAAGAUCAAUCCAAAAAAGAUGGGCAACCUUUGGAUCCUAACAAACUUCCCAGUGUCGAAGAGAACAAAAGUUUGGUGUCUCCUGCUAUGAGGGAAGCACCAACAUCGUUAAGUCAACUUCUCGACAAUUCUGGAGCUCCUAAUGUGACCAUUAAACCCCCUGGGCUUACAGAUGUGGAAGUAACACCUCCAGUAGUUUCUGGGGAGGACCUGAAAAAAGCAUCUGUCAUUCCCACACUGCAGGAUCCGUCUUCUUCUAAAGAACCCUCUAACUCUCUAAAUUUACCUCACAGUAAUGAGCCGUGUUCAACCCUUGUGCAUCCAGAAUUGAGUGAGGUCAGUUCUAAUGUUGCACCAAGCAUCCCUCCAGUAAUCUCAAGACCUGUCAGCUCUUCCUCCAUUUCCACUCCCUUGCCCCCAAAUCAGAUAACUGUUUUUGUAACUUCGAAUCCCAUCACAACUUCAGCUAACACAUCAGCAGCAGCUCUGCCAACUCACCUGCAGUCUGCAUUAAUGUCAACAGUCGUCACAAUGCCCAAUGUGGGUAGCAAGGUUAUGGUUUCUGAGGGACAGUCAGCUGCGCAGUCGAAUGCCCGGCCUCAGUUCAUUACACCUGUCUUUAUCAAUUCAUCCUCAAUCAUUCAGGUUAUGAAAGGCUCGCAGCCAAGCACAAUUCCUGCAGCCCCACUGACAACCAACUCGGGCUUGAUGCCCCCCUCCGUUGCAGUCGUUGGCCCUUUACACAUACCUCAGAACAUAAAAUUCUCUGCUCCUGUACCGCCUAAUGCCCCUUCCAGUAGUCCUGCUCCAAACAUACAGACAGGGCGACCCUUGGUCCUUAACUCACGGGCCACCCCUGUUCAGCUGCCUUCCCCGCCUUGUACAACUCCAGUUGUCCCUCCCCAUCCCCCUGUCCAGCAAGUAAAAGAAUUAAAUCCAGAUGAGGCUAGUCCUCAGGUGAGCACCUCAGCAGAUCAGAACACUCUGCCCUCUUCACAGUCAACUGCAAUGGUUUCUCCCCUUUUGACCAACAGUCCAGGCUCCUCUGUCAACCGGCGAAGCCCAGUUUCAUCUAGUAAGGGCAAAGGAAAAGUGGACAAAAUCGGCCAGAUUUUACUGACCAAGGCUUGUAAGAAAGUUACAGGCUCUCUCGAGAAAGGGGAAGAGCAAUAUGGUGCAGAUGGAGAGACUGAAGGCCACGGGCUAGAGACCACAGCUCCAGGGCUCGUGGGAACAGAGCAGUUACCCACAGAGCUGGACAGUAAAACCCCAACACCCCCAGCACCCACUCUGCUAAAAAUGACCUCUAGCCCCGUGGGCUCGGGCUCCACCUCAGCAGGACCCAACUUACCUGGCGGUACUCUCCCCACCAGUGUACGCUCGAUUGUAACCACUCUGGUACCCUCUGAGCUCAUCUCCGCGGCGCCGACCACAAAAAACAAUCAUGUUGGCCUAGCAUCUGAGCCCCUUGCAGGUGGCCUAAUGGAGGAGAAGGUGGGAUCCCACCCAGAGCUUCUGCCCAGCAUAGCUCCUUCACAGAGUUUAGUCCCAAAGGAAACUCCAGCCACGGCACUGCAGGGGUCUGUUACCAGACCAGAACUCGAGGCAAAUGCUGCCAUAGUCUCUGGGCAAAGCAGUGAGCCCAAAGAGAUCAUUGAAAAGUCCAAAACUCCAAGCCGGAGAAACUCCCGAACUGAAGAGCCGGCUGUGGCUUCUGAAAGUGUGGAAAACGGACAUCGGAAGCGAUCCUCUCGGCCUGCUUCAGCCUCCAGCUCUACUAAAGACAUAACCAGUGUGGUGCAAUCCAAGCGAAGAAAAUCCAAGUAAACAAGCUGGACGGCGACUUAAUACUUGUAAAUGUAUGUGAAUUUUAUAAAAAAGCAAUUUUGAGCUGUGACUUUUUAAAAUCCAUUUCUGUACAGCUAGUCAUUUUAAUAAUGUGGCCCUUUUCCUAGUCCCUGCAACCUGUUUUGUAAAGUGCAAUGGGGAAAGCAGAGUUGUUGAACCCUUUUGGUGUUGAUGAAGUUCAAGGUUUCUAUGCCAUGUAUUGAGAGGAGCUAAUGCGAUUAUGUUAUUAGUUUUCACAUUUCCUAAGCAGCCUAGAGUACAGGGUGAGCAUUUUUAGAUCUUCUAAUGAUGUAUUGUGCUGUGGAAGUACUGUGUGAAUAGCAGUAGUGGGGGCAAAAGAAAUCUCAUUUGGAAAUGUUGUAAAUAAUUUUAUUAUAUAGUGUUUUGGAUGUAUUUGUUGUAGAAAUGGACCAGUGAAUAAAGAGAAUCUAAGGGUUUGUACAAUGUGAAAUACUGAAUGUGUUAAAUAAAUGUCAUUGUCCUAGAACAUAAACGUAUGUUAUUGGUAAGGGACUAUUGGAUGAGCAAGCUCUUCUUUGGACCAUAAAAGAAUAGGAACAGCCUUCUUUGUGAAUUAGAACCCCAUCUUGUCUUCAUUGCAUCUGAGAUGCACCUGGCAAGUUGAGAAAAAUGAACCUUCUUGCCCACUCAACUCAUUCGUGUCUUUGAAGAAACUAGCCCUUUGGCAAAAAGAGUUCCUUACUGUACAACAAUGGCUUGGCUCCAGAAGGAAUCCAGAGGCUGGUUUUUUUGCACUUUGGCACAAUUUACUCAUUUGCUUGUAGCAUCGCACUGUACCAGGUACUUUUAUAUAUGUUGGUCAAAUUUCUUUGAUUGCAAAUAACUGAAUCAACUUAGGAUCAAAGGCCACCCAGGAUUUACUAAGGACAGCACGUCAUCAGCAACCCAAAUGGCACUUUUUCUCUACCUCAGAACAUCUGGUUUUCCAUGCACAUGAUGGAUUGCUCCAAAACAACUGGGUUUAUACCUCCUCCAUUCAAGAGAUAAGCCCAGACUGACCAGCAAGAUUCUUUGUAACAGCAUCAAGAAUCCAGCCCAGUUUAAGUAAGCUUUCCACCUUCAGUCCAGUUCUGUGGUUAGAUGGGGCAGACCCGUAUUAAAGCAGUUAUUUUGUGUUAUGUCACACGUCAACUACAUUGGCUGCCCUGUUCCUCAUCUGCAUCAGGCUUAGGCGUGACUUAGUAUCAACAUGCUCAGGUGUUUCCCUUUCCUGCUCAGUUCUUACCUAAAAAUUUGUAGUCUCCAAAACCAGCUGCUUCUGCUCCCACCCUACCCAUCUACCUACCUUCAAGGGACUCAAAUACUUGGGGCCCUGUCCUUGUCGUGAUCUGGGCCUCAGCCUUCCGCUGUGUCUCCUACAGCUAGACAUAGGAGUAUACUCCAUACCUUCCCCUGCAGUAGCUCCUUCCCCUUGCCAUAACAAAAUGGCUGAGACCAAAAGGAGUCUAUGAUUCUCUAUCAUUCUCAUCUCUAUUUCAACUGUCUUACUACUAUAUAUGUCUUACGUUGUAAGGAUCCCCUAAAAGUAGUUAUUUAUGAGUCAGAUGCUACAUUGUCUGGCUCUGUUUCCAGCAAGCUAAUCUAUGCUCUUCCUUCCCUUAUGACAUACACAACCAGAAUCAAAGCCAGCCUAAUAAUAAUACUGUGCUAGAGGUUGUAAAAUGCUUCUCUCCUACUUCAGCUGUAUUGAGGCAGAAAGUAUAAUGUGCUUUAAAUAGAUUUUUAUUUGUUUUUCUUUAUAUUAAUUUUUUUUCUCUCCCAUAGAGGAAUAACAUUAUAGUCUAACAAUCAGAAUCCUGUUACACACGUACACAGGCAUGCCACAUGACCGGGUUGAGGUGGUUGUGUCCUUGAGUCUGUCGACAUGUCACAACAUGGUCAACCAGAGUCUCCUCAUUUCAGCCAGUCUAAACACAAAACACCCAAGAGGGAUGCACUCAACUUGGCUCCAUUUGGAACUGGGUGGCAGGGCAAAUUUUGGGAAGGUAGAAAGGUUUAUAGUGUGUCUGCAUUCGGUCCCCUCACAUAAAGCCACAUGGAUCUGAGGAGGCAUCCAAGAGCUCUAGUGGGGUCCUUAUUGCACCUAAGAUAGUACAGAUAAGAGCAAAUUGAUCAGGGUUCCAGGCAGGGGCCGGGGAGCAGGCAUACUCCAAAACAGCAAACUGCAUUCAUACACAUGUGAUACCCUGCUGGGGCCAGACUGGCAAAGGCUGGAAAGGGACACCCAGCUUGAAGAGAGCACUCAGACAUAUUGGGGAAUUACUGUAAGUCGCCCUUUGAUGUAGUUGGGACUCUCUCUAGAAACGGGUCCCUCUGACAUACUCAGUUUUGGCAAAGUGCUGGUAGUAUUGACAUUAAGUAAUACAAACUGGAACAAACUUCUCCAGGGUCUCUGAAAACAUCAGUCAAGACAGACUCUCUAACCCCCUCCUGUCUUAAGGUUGCAUAGGACUUUAUGAAUUCUGGUUCCCUCAUGUAUUCAAGUUCUGUGGUUUAAAAAAAAAAAUCCUGAAGCAUGCUCAAGGUGAAAGGCACAUACACAGUCAAUACAGUAUGACGAGGUCUGAUGCUUCAGGAGUGAGACUAGCAGGAGACUGAGUAGUGUUGGUUCUUAGAAAUCUAUACACAAAAUAUUGCCACACUCAAAUGCUACAGAGUCUAUAGG